AUGGCCUCCAGGCAUCAAGCCUCCCCUGACACCAAGGGGAUCAGCAGGGAGCUCUCCACACUAAGCCUGGACCAAAAUGCAGAUUUGCCCGAGGACUCCAUCAGACAGCGGCCGCUGCUGCUCCUGGUGGCCUUUCUUCUGUCCCCCAGGGGCGAAGCAGGGGAGAUCAUAUGGGGCAGAGAGGCCAGACCACACUCCCGGCCCUACAUGGCAUUUGUACAUUCCAACAGUGGCAAAGAAGUCAGGAAGAGUUGUGGAGGGUUCUUGGUACGGGACAACUUCGUGCUGACAGCCGCUCACUGUACUGGAAGAGAAAUAACAGUCACCCUGGGAGCUCACAAUAUCAGCAAAGCGGAAAACAGCCAGCAGAUCAUUCCUGUGCUCAAAGCCUUCCCUCACAAGGAUUAUAAUAAUAAUUCCAAGUUCAACGACAUCAUGCUACUGAAGCUGCGAGAUAAGGCUCAACUCAACUGGGCUGUGAAAACCAUCGCUCUGCCACGGAGCCAGGACUGGGUAAGGCCAGGGCAGGUGUGCAGCGUGGCAGGCUGGGGAAGACUGGAAAGUGGCAAAAAGCCAACCACACUCCAGGAGGUGGAUCUGGAAGUGCAGAAUGAACAGAAGUGCAAGGACAUCUUCAAAAACUACAACAACUGCAUCCAGCUGUGCGUGGGGAACCCUAAGGACAAGAAGGCCACUGCACGUGGGGAUUCUGGAGGCCCUCUCGUGUGUAACAAUGUGGCCCAGGGCAUUGUCUCCUUUGGAAAAACGAGUGGGAAACCUCCACGUGUCUUCACCAGGAUCUCAAGCUUUCUGCCCUGGAUAAAAAGAACACUUCAGGCUGCAGGGACCAGACUGAGGCGCCCCCAGGAUUGA